AUGAGCCUCCUUCCUACCUCUGCGCAGCCAUUCGGUGGCACACCACUCGAUGAGUCGCGGCCUCUGGCCUACACUCUGUGGAAAACGGACUUCUUGUCCCAGGCGACGACACGUGAUCUGGCGGGAUUCUACAUCGAGCCCAACCAUGUUCCUCGUGGCAACCGGCUCGAAGCUCUCAAGGUCAGCAAGACCUACCUCGAACUCGAUGAGAUCGACAACUGGGAAUUUUAUGUUGUGGAUAUUUCCUUAUCUGAGUAUGAUCGUAAUUUGCGUUUGUCGGAAAUCAAAGCGCACACAGCCGCCAUUCAGGUCAAAGCGAUCAACGUUGAGGCGGGCAAGAAGCUCGCAGCUCAGUGCUCUGCCGCGCACACAUUCUUAGUAUCUGCCAUCUCGGUUAACCUUCGCCGCCUCUACCAGACGACGGUGUGUCCCUACUCGCUCUUUGAGCUUCUUAAGGUUCGUUUCGAAUCUAACCCCAUGGACAACAACCCCGCCGUCAUUGCCAACCACCUCCGAACUCUCAAGUUCACGGAAGAGAGUUGUAUCGACACUCUGGCUGUUGAGCUCACUGACCCCGUCAAGCUUUACCGCGUGUCAAUGACCCCGCCCUCCUUCAACCUUUUGGACGCGUCGGCGAUCUCGUCUAUCGACUACGACACCCACAUCUGGAACUACCACACUCUGUGUGCCAUGUCUGACACCUUUAUCAACGACAAGGAGCUCUGGGAAGUCUUUGCCGCGGUCACGCAUACUGUUGCGGCCCCUGCGCCUCCCCCCACAGCUAUCAGCCAGCCUGAUGGCUCGUACCAUGUCCUAAACGCGUUCACCAUCCCAGCAUAUGCCCAUCAUGACGCCGGCAACGCUGCUUAUGAUGCAGUCAACCGUGACCUUGGAUGCGGUCGUCCUCAGGCUGCUACCAACUACACCAUCAUACCAUCCUCCCUCAACCGUGUCCUCGAAAAGCCUCAACCGCCUAGCGUGCUACCCAACGUUUUUACUACAGGCUCUGCCCCACUGUUCGACAUAUUUGCAUCGCCGUCGCGCCCUCCACUACCUUCGACUCUUGCACCUGCUUCGGCUCUGCCACUGGCGCCAGUUAUCGUCGAACCGUCCUCAUUGCCAGCCAACUACGGGUCUCCCGUUGACGCCGGUGAUCUCGAAGUCCCGUCUAAUGAGGUCCUCGUUACCGACCGUCUACACCUCUACCCACCACGCCCGUUAUUCUAA